AUGGCAAUUCAUAUAUGUGAGCAUAAUUUUGCUUGCUUUUGGGGAAAUUUCUGGUUUAAAGAUACAUCUAAGAGUAGUGUGUUCUUUGUUAGUGCUGAUGAGUGUAUAGAAGAGGUUGCUGAUAUAUUGGGUUGUAGUAUUGGAAAGUUCCUUGCUACUUAUCUGGGAUGGCCUUUGGGAGCCAAAAGAUGUGAUGUUAGUAUGUGGCUAGGAGUUGUUAAUAAGCGUGAACGGAAAUUAUCAGCACAGAAGAAGCUAUACCUAUCAAUUGGAGGAAGUUUAAUUUUGGUUUACAGUGCAUUGGAUGGGAUUCCAACUUAUUUAAUGUCUUUGGUUCCUAUUCCAUCAGAAGUGGAAAAAAAGAUUAACAAAUUGAGGAGGGAUUUUAUUUGUGAAGGAAAUGCUGAGAACAGGAAGAUUCAUUUGAUUCCAGCCCAAUGCUUAGAAAUGGUGAGACUGGAGAUUGGAUUGGAACAUUUGAAGGACAUAAAGGAGCAGUAUGGAGUUGCUGCUUGGACACAAAUGCAUUGCGUGCUGCAUCUGGNACAUAAAGGAGCAGUAUGGAGUUGCUGCUUGGACACAAAUGCUUUGCGUGCUGCAUCUGGCUCUGCUGACUUCUCUGC